CCGAAGCAAAAACAAGUCGCUUGUUAGAGUCCUGUUCUCAAUAGGAGCAAAAGAGAUUUCUAUAACAUUAUUAUCAACAAUUUUGAAACUUGGAAACUUAACUUGAACGAUGGCAAAUCUUCCAUUGCUGCUCAGCCUUGCUGAUGACUUGAACCGCCUCUCAAUGGCGCCUUUCUAUGAGUCGCCCUGUUACUGGAAGCAGCAACGUAAUCCUUAUCUGGCACUGGUAGCACAUCCUUUGAAUCAGCAGCUGCAACAGCUGGAGAAACAGAUGGGCUCCGUCUCCGGACCAGUAUCCCAGGUGGGCAAGGAUGGAUUCCAGGUGUGCAUGGAUGUGGCCCAGUUUAAGCCCAGCGAGCUCAACGUCAAGGUCGUGGACAACUCCAUCAUCGUGGAGGGAAAGCACGAGGAGCGUGAAGAUGAUCAUGGCUACAUUACACGUCACUUUGUGCGUCGUUACAAGCUUCCCGAGGGCUACGAGGCCGAUAAGGUCGCCUCCACGCUCUCCUCGGACGGAGUUCUCACUGUGAACGUGCCGAAACCCGUUGCUAUCGAGGAUAAGGAGAGCGAACGCAUUGUGCAGAUCCAGCAGGUGGGACCUGCCCACCUCAAUGUGAAGCAGAACGCCAAGGAACAGCUGGAGGAGCAGAAGAAGGAGGAGAAGGAGAAAUGAAGGAAGCAUCUCAGUUAAUCCCAAAUCAUAUGUAGUAUCUAGAACGCAUAACAAUAUUAUUAAUCAAAUGUCAAAGUCAACAUCUGUUUUAUAAAAAAUAACCUAUAAAAUAUAUAUAUAGUGAGUCAU